AUGGCAUACAGCACUCCAACAUUCUUCCGCUUCCCAGUGUCCAGGAUACCCUCCUUGCCAUCGUCUACACGCACAUGUGUCUCAUACAACACACGCGUUCAGGAGUACAACUUCGAGUUCCGCGAUUCCAGCGCACAUACAAACCUCGACGCACCUGUGCCGAGUCUGCUCAGUCCCGAGGAUGGCCAGCUCAACGGUCAACUAUCGUCUACGCCCCCUCCAAAGGCAAUUCCAGACAUGGAAACGGCGCAGUCCCUGUUGAAUGAGCAGCUAGAAGUUCUAAUGCAGGCCCUCCACCAAAGAAUCAACACCAACUACCUCCAGGGUACGCUCUAUGUCGACGCCUUUGAAGAGCUCACAGCAAGCACAAUCUUCUCAGGCAUGGGCGAGCGCAUUCACGCCGACAUGCAGUACAGGCGCCCGGGCAUCGAACUGAGCGAGGUUGACCGCACAAGGAAGGCGUUCAUGGGUUUCCUUCGAACCUAUCUUCGAGACCUGGCUCAGACGAAUGCGAGAAGGAAUCACAGGGCUGGAACUUCAAGAAAAGAUCACGGCUGCAUGUGUGAGAUGGCGGAAAAGGAGGAGGAGGAGGAGGAGGAGGAGGAGGAGGAGGAGGCGGAUACUGCCAUCGUGGAAUUGACGAUGAAGCUUGAGGAGUGGAAGAAGGUUACGAGAGCGACUGUGCUUUGUUGGGGCAGCGUGGGCAAGUUCUCUAGCGAGCCUUGA